AUGGGAUUUUUUGGGGAUUUAAGAGCUUUUCAUGAGCUCAGGUGUCCCCAGGUGUGCUCCCCAGAGUACGUGGAGCACCUGAAGGACGAGGGCCGGGUGUGCGCCAUCAUCGCGCGGCUGCAGCGUUACCUGCAGGGCAAGGGCAGCCCCGAGGAGCUGUGCCGCGUCUACCUGCGCCGCGUCCUGCACACCUACUACAAGUUCGACUACGGCGCCGCCCGCAAACGGGGCGGGGCCGGCCAGGUGAGCUCAAACCAGGUGGGAUCAAGCCAGGUGAGCCCCGCCCAGGUGAGCCCCGCCCAGGUGAGCCCCGCCCAGGUGAGCGACGACGGCCAAGAGAAAGAAGACGGGCAAGAGAAGGACGGACAGAAGGACGGACAGAGUGACGGACAGGUGAAGGAUGACGGACAGGUGAAGGAUGACGGACAGGUGAAGGAUGACGGACAGGUGAAGAGUGACGGGCAGGUGAAGGAGGAAGAGGAGGAGGAGGAAGAUUCGGAGGCGCUGAUGGAGAGGCUGUGCAGGUUCGUGUACGCCAAGGACCGCACGGACCGGAUCCGCACCUGCGCCAUCCUGUGCCACAUCUACCACCACGCCCUGCACAGCCGCUGGUACCGCGCCCGCGACCUCAUGCUCAUGUCGCACCUGCAGGACAACAUCCAGCACGCCGACCCACCUGUGCAGGGGUUAAAGAUGUACCUGAAGGGGUUAAACAUGCACCUGAAGGGGUUAAAGAUGUACCUGAAGGGGUUAAACAUGCACCUGAAGGGGUUAAAGAUGUACCUGAAGGGGUUAAACAUGCACCUGAAGGGGUUAAAGAUGUACCUGAAGGGGUUAAACAUGCACCUGAAGGGGUUAAAGAUGUACCUGAAGGGGUUAAACAUGCACCUGAAGGGGUUAAAGAUGUACCUGAAGGGGUUAAACAUGCACCUGAAGGGGUUAAAGAUGUACCUGAAGGGGUUAAACAUGCACCUGAAGGGGUUAAAGAUGUACCUGAAGGGGUUAAACAUGCACCUGAAGGGGUUAAAGAUGUACCUGAAGGGGUUAAACACACACCUGGGCAG